AUGGCUUAGUUUUUUCUAUACAAAAAAAAGAAAAAUACUUAUAAACCAAUUGGUAUUUUCCAGGAAACAGCCUAGUUUCAGUGAUCACGUUCUUUUGAAUUCAAAACAUAGUCAAGAAUAAGUGAAUAACAAUUCAAACUUUGCAUCUCCUUGAACAUUACUAUAUAACUGACUGCUCCAUCCACAAAACACUCACGCAAAUUUCAUUAUCUGGUAAAAGAGAGGGAAAAGAACUUAACUAAACUAUAAUGAUGAGCAAAGGUGUUGUAAGUUCCAUUCUGUUCUUCAUGUUGAUCGGUUCCGUUUUUGUUGAGACUCGCCCACUUGGUCUAACAAUGACGGAAGAGAAAAAACUCGUGGCUGGUUUCUUCGAUGGGUUAUCACUUGGUUCGAUCAAAGGCUCAGGUCCAAGUCCAGGAGGCAAGGGUCAUAACUUCGUAAACCGGAGCGACAUGUCUCGAUUUGAUAAGCACUCCGGUCCAAGCCCAAGCGGACCCGGUCACUAAUAAUCAAAUCAUUAGCUCAAACCGGGCUAAUUUUAAGUACACGUUGCCGUGUCUAGGUCCAAAAAAUUAUUUCAUUUUUUUGUUACAAUUUUAUUUUGUUACAUAUAUGAAGAAAGAAGAAUGGGAAAAAUCAAGAAUUAAAUGUCUCAUUCCUUUUUCCUAUCAAUAGUUUCUUAGUCGUUUGAUUCAUAAUGUACAAUGUGAUAAUAACUUAUGUUUUGGUCAAAUAUGAUUUGAAUGUAAUAAUAAAACAUUAAUGUACACAAA